AUGGACGCCUUCCUGUCUUCCGUUAACGGGUCCCACACCGACGCUCCAGAAGUGGCGACGCCUCGGGAUCCCUUCGCCGGUCCUCUCGACUCGGUUGCGCCCUGGAACUACACGUUAAUUGCGUGCUUGAUGUUUGCAGUGACUUCCCUCUCGCUGGCAGAAAACUCCACAGUUAUGAUAGUAACAUACAAAUUUAAACAGCUGAGACAGCCCCUGAAUUACAUUAUUGUCAACUUAUCUGUGGCUGACUUCUGCUUGUCGCUGGUCGGAGGCACAAUCAGUUUCCUGACCAACGCGCGGGGUUACUUCUUCCUGGGCAGGUGGGCGUGCGUCCUGGAGGGAUUCGCAGUGACUUUUUUCGGGAUUGUUGCUCUCUGGUCUUUGGCAAUCCUGGCUUUUGAGCGUUUCUUUGUGAUCUGUCGCCCAUUGAAAAAUGUCCGUUUGGGAGUCAAACAUGCAGCACUGGGUCUUCUGUUUGUCUGGACUUUCUCCUUCGUCUGUACUAUUCCUCCAGUGCUUGGCUGGAACAGCUACACAGUCAGCAAGAUUGGCACUACUUGUGAACCCAACUGGUACUCAAGAGACUACAAGGACCAUACUUACAUAAUCACCUUCUUUGUCACCUGCUUUAUCCUUCCACUUGGAGUAAUCACUGUCUCCUAUGGCAAACUCAUGCAGAAACUCAGAAAGGUAUCCAAUGCUCAUGGGAAACUAGGUAAUGCUCGGAAACCGGACCAGGCAGUGGCGCGGAUGGUCAUUGUAAUGAUUAUCGCCUAUAUGGUUGGCUGGACACCUUAUGCAGCAUUCUCCAUCCUCGUUACAGUUGAUCCAACCAUCAAUAUUGACCCUUGCCUUGCAGCAGCACCAGCCUUCUUCGCUAAAACUGCAGCUGUGUACAAUCCGAUCAUUUACGUGUUCAUGAACAAGCAGUUCAGGAAAUGCCUGAUUCAGAUGUUUAAAGGCAAUGGCAACAGCAUUGACUCCUCCCAUUUGAACCCAACCUCAAACAAAGGGCCUAUCACACAAACAGAAUGUAACUUGAGAGAGAUGUCCUCCAUUGCUACCCAUGUGCCCAUGAACAUGUGCAACCUGGAGAAGACUGAUGAGGACGAAGAGCAGAACCAGCAUGAAAAUAGAGGCUCCACGGAACUUCCUCUAUCAGAAAGCAGAGUCUGUCCUCUAUAAAGCAAUCC